AUGGCUAGAGGCAUAUCAUCUUCAUACAUUUGCGCUCGAUGCGCUCAUGGACUACUUGCCCAAAACGCCCCAAACCCCGCGAUUAAUCAAUGGAGAAGAUAUGCAACAAAGUCUACUCAUUCUUCGGCCGAUAGCAGCCCUAGCCGCCAAUCUAACAGUAUAGCCGAUGAAGAUACUAAACCUGAGCUGGGUCCGAUGGCCCGCCGUCUCCAAGAGGCCACGGAAGAGGCGUUGCUCACAGGAGGGAGAGCCGGUCGACGAUCGGUGGAAGAUGCUGGUUUCUCGGACGAAUUAAAAGAACGUCUUCUCGCGAAAGUUAAAGAUGCCGAGUUUCGAUCCGAAUAUGCCGCCGCUUUCGCCGAAGCCGACAUGCCAUCCGCAGCUGGCGUGGGUACCCGUCUCGCGGCGACAAGUCAGCCAUGGACGGGUACCGAAGCUACCGAAGACGCUGUUUUACGGAUGCUCGACGACGCACACAAACAUCUAAAGAGAGAUUUAAGAGGCCGCCCAAAAUUACCUGACCUCCAACCGAUCGAUAUGCGAAUUAGACAGGAACCAAAGAUGAAGGCUGGACACAGGGCUGCCAACGCUAGGGAUAAAGCUUCUGUAUAUACAGGUAUGGGUCUGAAGGAAGCACAAGGGGGCCUUAGCGAGAAAGAGAGGGAGGCGAUGAGGAAGGAAUUCCGCGAUCGCUUUAGACCCGCUGCCCGAUCACUGCCGAAUUCCUUGACAGGACUAGCUUCGUUAGCAAACGAGAGAAUUGAAGAUGCCAUCGCAAGAGGACAGUUCAAGAACAUCCCGAGGGGUAAGGGAGUCGAACGAGAUACGAGAAGCGACAAUCCGUUCAUAGAUACAACAGAGUACAUUAUGAACAAGAUGAUCAAACGUCAAGAGAUAGUACCGCCGUGGAUUGAGAAGCAGCAGGAACUAUCGAAAGCCGCGCACGUAUUCCGGGCUCGGCUACGGAAUGAUUGGAGACGUCACGCUUCCCGGAUGAUUGCGAGUAAGGGCGGCUCACUCGAAGAUCAGAUGAAUCGGGCAAGACGAUACGCAAAAGCCGAAGAAGUGCACAAUCCACGAAAGCGAAACGUCGAUCAGAUAGCAGUACCUACGAAUUCGACAGACGAUCCAAUCAUGGCCAAAAUGCGACAACAAGCAUCCUUAGAAACGAAUCCCGAACCGGCACCGGAGACUGAUGCUAGUGCGGCGACAACUCAGGAGAUUCCAUUGCCACCCUUCCGAGAUCCCGAUUGGCUAACUACGGAACAAUCUUACAUGAACCUUUCCAUUAGCCAUCUGAACACUCUUACGCGAUCCUAUAACUUAAUGGCGCCUGAACUUGCAAAGAAGCCGUACUUCUCACUUGAACGAGAGUUAAAUAACUGCUAUGCAGAUGUUGCGCCGCAACUUGCAGAUGCAAUAAAAGAUAGGGCUAGUGGCCCGGCGAGAUCUCUAUCAGACGGGGUUGGAACCACCCCCGUCAGUAUAUUGGAUCGCUUUGGGAAAGGUGGUCAUACUGCAAAGGUAUACGACUCGAAAGCACCUCAUUACGGAUUCAAGGAGAUGUGGCGAGAUCUCUGGAAUCGUCAAGCUAGUUAG